CUGCCCUGUGAUUGGUGUAGAAGCCACAAGCCUGCCAGUUACCUUUCUGCUCAGAAGUAGUGUGGAGGAUAGCAGGAACACAGGCUGGGGCUGACAGUGUUUAGUUUGGACUUUUAUCAGGCAGCAUAUGGCUGAUCUCUGGCUCAGUGAGUGCUGAUCAUUCCUCCAUGGGGUGCUGAGAAUAUCCAGCAGGAUGUAUGCAGAUCUUCAAUAGAUCCUCCCUGAAAUCCAGGAAUAUGCAAGGAAGAUGAUCAUCAGACAAAGAUGACCAUACAAUGAGGACUUAACAAGUAUUUUACAUUUUAAUCCUUCGACCUUCUCACUUAGUGAUGUCCUCUUUUAGUAAUGCCAUAGAUGAAUGGAGUACAAGAAGCACAAGUGGCAUUUCUGCUCUUAGACACCAUCUAAUCUCAAGUGACUUUCCAGAUAGGCUCACACCUGUAAAUGCUAUGGCUGCCAUAGUGGACUCUGCUUAUAGCUCAUUUUCUGGUAGUUCUUAUGUUGCUGAUUAUCCAACUUCAUUUAAACAUGAUAUUUGUCAUUUGAACAAUGAACAGAUCUCUUACAUGGACUCAGAGUAUGUAAAGGCUAUUUAUAAUCCUAGUGUAAUAGAAAAUAAUCCUUUGCAACAGCAUCUGCAUUGUGAAGAGUCCAGGGAAGGUGCUAGCAGUGGUCCUGAAGAUCACUUUAGUCAUAAAACUAAAAGGAGUCCCACAAGCAACAGCAGCCUUUGCUUACCUGAGCACAAAAUAAGCAGACAGCAAGGUCAUGAUCACAGCCCUCCUUGGGCAAGAAAUUCUGUCCAAAACAAACUGAGCCAAUCAUCUGCUGUUUCUGGCAACAUUGAAGGAAACAUCCAGCUUCAUUUGACAAGUUCAACAUUUCUAGCUUUUUCUGAGGACAUGAUGGCACCAGAUGAGGUCAGUAGCACUUGUGAUGAAAAUGACCAGGGUUCCCAGACUGACAAAUUAAAUAAAAACUGUUUUCAAGAAAUAGAUGUUGAUACAGGAAAACCAUUCUCACUAGAAAGAGAAGACAACAUCCACAGUAGUUGUUCUGAUUCAACUGUUGAUAAUCCCCAAAUGGAUGGCAAAACCAAGAAAAGCUCAAGACGUUCUUGGAAUGAGUUUGUGUCCGAGAAACUUCGUGGGUAUAAGAAAAAAGCUGGCUCGUGGAAACAAGUUAAAGAGACCAAUUGUUCUGAACGAAUAAAAUGUGAAGAAGUAGAGAAACUGGCACUUAAUCAACAGGAAGAACAAUAUCAACUCCCGGACCAGAACGUAAUGGAUAUUGAGUUUGACAAUCUUGGAAAAUGCGAUGUCAAAUACAAACGUCAUCACACAAGAACCAGCCAGGCUGUUUUUAGUGUACACAGUGAUGAUUUAUGUGAACAACCUAAAGCUCACAGCCUCAAGAAAGAUGCAACAAUAAAACCUAUUCCUUUGCUGUCCCAGAAGCAAGAAGCUAGGCCUCAAAGUUCUUACUUCUGUGAUUUACCCAGUGAAAAAAUCACAAAGGCCUCAACCCCAAUGCUCUAUCAUCUUUCUGGUGGGAAUGGCUCUUUUGCAAUGCUGAACACUUCAAAACAAACUAAGCUACUAGAUACAAGUGAAGAAUCCAAUACCUUUCAGAAGAAAUGCCACUUUUCUGUAUCUCAGAUGGCUGAACAUCAGCAACCAUUCCAGAAAACAAAAAGCCAGCCACAACUUGAUGAAAACCUUAGAACAGAGUUCACUGAGACCACAGGGGAUCCAACCUGUUCAUAUGAGGAUAGUUUUAUGCUUGAUUACAGGGAGAAACUUAAGAUUGCCCAAAAAAAAGUCUUAAGAGAAACCUCUUUUAAAAGAAGGGACUUGCAGAUGAGUUUACCUGUUAGGCUAAAACUUAAUCCUCCUAAAAGGCCUUCAGUUGACCAUAUAAGAUCAUAUUCUUUAUCCAAUCCAAAUGAAGAAGCGAAAUUGACACAACCAAACAUUUCUGCCGAUGAGGGUCACAAAAAAGAAUCUGAGAAAGCUACAGUUUUAAGAAUAGGAGGAAGGAAAAGACUGACAAAAGAGCAAAGAAAAUUAUGUUAUUCAGAACCAGAGAAGCUUGACCAUCUUGGCCUACAUAAUUCAGGCUUGGCUUGGAAUAGUGACGGAUCAGUUCAAAAUAAAUUUGAGGAUCACUAUAGGAUGAAAUCUCUGGAUAAAGAACUAACCCUUUCUUCUUCAAAUAUUUCAAAAACAGAGUUAAAACAAAUCCAGCACAAUGCACUUAUGGAGUAUAUGGAGCGAAGAGCAAGUCGGAGGCCCAGUAACACUCGUCAGUCCAAUUUGCAAAAGACAUCAGGAACACAAUCCUCUCCUGAAUGGAAGAGUAUAACAAAUGAAACAUCCUGCAAUGAAGAUUCCUUAAGAUAUCAUCACAGGAGAUCAACAGGAACUUCCUCUUCUUAUGAUGCCACAGUUACAUGGAAUGACAGAUAUUCAAAGAUGUCUCUUCAAGAACAGACACAUUCAGCAGACACAUUGGGGGAAAAGACAACUUAUUUUGACCGAUGUACCUUUGAUGACAGCAAAGGUUAUUCUAAAGAGUCUUCCACCUCUGGCUGCCGAGAAGGACUAAAGUCAAGUAAAAAUACACAGAACUCUGUUGGACACCUGGCUCUCUCAACAUCAGCACUACAAAAUAAUGGCAAUGUUUCCAAAAAUAGAUUGUCUGUCAUGGGAGGUAAUGCUGCAAGUGAGACUGAAAUAGUUUUGAUUGCCAGAAGUCGGGGGAAGUCCUUGGAAGAAUUGGGAACCUCAGACAAAACAAGGCUUUCUGUGCUGAGUCAAAGCAGUGAUCAGAUUUACCACAAUAAAGUCGCCAUGCUGAUGCCCCGGCCUGAAUCAUCAAGUGGCACAGCUGUGCUCCAUGGAGACAAGCUUAAGGCCUGUGCUGAGCAUGAAUUGGGAAAGCAGCCCAGACAAACAAGUCCGGAGGAUUUUCUGGAGCCUCGCAGAUCAAGUGUUGGAAAGUCGGCACAAGAGAAACAUUCCAGGGCCCAGAGAACAAGCGGGGUUUCCUCAGACAUUUCCAACAGUACUCUUCCUUCACAAAUUUACACUACGGCUACUCACAUUUUGCCCUGCCAGCAAGUAGAAGAUGAGGUUUUUAACUGCAUGCAGCAGGAACAGAAUACACAUUAUAGUACUGUGGACAAUCCACCAUCACCCGGUGCCUUACCUGUUCAUCUAAAUACGCAUAUAUUAAGCUUGGAGCCAUCUGAUGAAGAUCUUCCAGGGUAUGAUAAUGAGGUGAGAGCUGAUGUGAACGACCUUUGCGAAAGUUCAGCAGUCAGAGAGCCGCCUUUCCUUACAGCUGGAGAUCCCAGGGCUGUAGUUGUACAUAAACAUCGAAAAUCUACAGAAUUUCAGUCAAUGAGCAGCAUACAGCAAGAAGAGCUAGGUCCUAACCCAAGCAACCUGGUGAUCAGUACACAGACCGCCAGCUCUGUGGGUUAUGAUGAAGACAGCCAGAGCAAUGGAUCCACCAAGCAAGAAAUGGAUGGCAGUAUGCAGGAGAAGAGAGGUUCAGCCAUACAGGACUUGAAUGAAGUCGCACUGAAGCCCCUUGCAGAGGAGAGGUGUUCAGAACUGGUUAAAGAGAUUGUAUCCAAAGACAAGUCCCUGGUGGACAUUCUAAAACCUCUUCCUGUGAGGACAUCUGCAAUCGGUCUCAUGAAAAGCCUCUUCCACGUGGAUAUUUCAGUACUGGAAAAAUGCAGGAAUCGGGGGCUAAAGAAAGAGCAUAGGGUGAAUGUUGAAGGUAUGUCCAAAUCGCAUUCAAAGACGAUGUUGCUGCUUCAGAGGAAGUCUGAUGAAAGCCUGAAUGAAAUCACCUCUAAAAAGAUAGAACUUAUGUCCAAUAUAAACUUACAGCUGGAAGAACUCUUUGCCCAAAGGGAAUCACUUCUGUCUGAAAUAAGUGACAAUACCACUCAAGGUACCAAUAUGGAAACCAUAGUGAAGGAGGUCUGUAAACCCAAUGAGUAUGAGCGCUAUAUGAUGUUUAUUGGAGAUCUGGAGAAAGUGGUGAGCCUUCUCUUCUGUCUGACCACAAGGCUAGCUCGGGUGGAAAACGCUUUAAGUAGAACAGAUGAAAAUACGGAUGCUGAAGAGAUGCAAUCCCUAAAGGAACGUCACAGUCUCCUAUCUAGACAGAGAGAGGACGCCAAAGAUUUAAAGGACAACCUGGACCGCAGAGAGCAAGUGGUCACUGGAAUCCUGGCCAAAUAUCUAAGCGAGGCCCAGCUUGAGGACUACAAACACUAUGUGAGGUUAAAGACAUACUUCUUGAUUGAGCAGAAAGACCUGGAAGAAAAGAUUAAAUUUCACGAGGAACAGUUGGAGAGUCUUCACAACAGCAUUCCUCCUUAAUUAGCCAGUAGAAUGCAAGGCCACAUCCUUACUGGCAUAAUAUACCAUGACGGCAGAGCCCUUCGGGCUUUGAUAUGAAGUUUUUUGGUGUUGAUUAUGCUGCUGCUAAUUCAUAAUAGGAUUAUUACGGAAAGUGUUUGUGACAGUGUUAAUCAAGCUUUAAAUAGAGAGAACUUGUUGGCAUAAAAGGUUUGAAAGUUACGUAACUUAAAAAAAAGUGUGCCUUUUUUUUUGGAUAAAUUAUCAAUGUUUUGUCUUGAUCGUUGUUGUUGUUCUAAGUGAUAGUGUCCAUGUCCUUCAGUUUCCUGACUGACACAAAUUAUUUCAUUAAAAAUAUGUGUAAUUCUAA